UGCUUUCCAGCCUCCCGCAAGGACUGCAAGGGGAGUUUCCUCCUGUGCCCGGAGUCCCCUUUCCUGCAGAAAGCGAAGCAGAAACAUGCGUCAGAUUCGAACAUAAUUGAAUAGAGAAGCCCCAGGACAUACCUUCUUCAGGUCUGCUCAGGGCCCACACGUGGUGCUUAGACAAAUUCACAAUGAGGAAGCGUGGCCCUUGGCCCGCAGCGGCUGUCUUCUGCUCCUUUCUCUUAGGCUUUUCCUUUACUUAUGCCCAACAACAGCAAGCAGAUGUCAAAAAUGGUGCCGCUGCCGAUAUAAUAUUUCUAGUGGAUUCCUCUUGGAGCAUUGGGAAGGAACAUUUCCAACUUGUCCGGGAAUUUCUAUAUGAUGCUAUAAAAUCUUUAGCUAUGGGAGAAAAUGAUUUCCGUUUUGCUCUGGUCCAGUUCAACGGCAACCCACAUACCGAGUUCCUGUUAAAUUCGUAUCGUACUAAACAAGAAGUCCUCUCCCAUAUUUCCAACAUGUCUUACACUGGGGGAAGCAAUCAGACUGGAAAAGGAUUAGAAUACGUAAUGCAAAAUCACCUCACUAAGGCUGCUGGAAGCCGGGCCAGUGACGGAGUCCCUCAGGUUAUUGUAGUGUUGACCGACGGACACUCGGACGACGGCCUUGCUCUGCCCUCAGCGGAACUUAAGUCUGCUGAUGUUAACGUGUUUGCAGUUGGAGUUGAGGGUGCAGAUGGAGGAGCCUUAAAAGAAAUAGCAAGUGAACCGCUCAAUAUGCAUGUUUUCAACCUAGAGAAUUUUACCUCACUUCAUGACGUAGUAGGAAACUUAGUGUCCUGUGUGCAUUCAUCCGUGACUCCAGAGAGGGCUGGAGGCACAGAGACCCUUAAGGACAUCACAGCACAAGACUCUGCUGACCUUAUUUUCCUUAUUGAUGGAUCAAACAACACCGGAAGUGUCAAUUUCCCAGUCAUUCGCGACUUCCUUGUAAAUCUCUUUGAGAGACUCUCAAUUGGAGCUCAGCAGAUCCGAGUGGGGGUGGUCCAGUAUAGUGAUGAGCCCAGAACCAUGUUCUCCUUGGACACUUACUCCACCAAGGCGCAGGUUCUGGAGGCAGUGAAAGCCCUUGGUUUCAUGGGUGGGGAGCUGGCCAAUGUGGGCCUUGCCCUGGAUUUCGUGGUGGAGAAUCACUUCACCAGGGCAGGAGGCAGCCGAGUGGAGAAAGGGGUUCCCCAGGUGCUGGUCCUCAUAAGUGCCGGGCCUUCUAGCGAUGAGAUCCGCGACGGGGUGGUAGCACUGAAGCAGGCUAGCGUGUUCUCGUUCGGCCUCGGAGCCCACGCCGCUUCCAGGGCAGAGCUUCAGCACAUAGCUACCAAUGACAACUUGGUGUUUACUGUCCCGGAGUUCCGUAGCUUUGGGGACCUGCAGGAGCAAUUACUGCCGUACAUUGUUGGUGUGGCCCAAAGGCACAUUGUCUUGCAACCGCCAACCAUUGUCACACAAGUCAUCGAAGUCAACAAGAGGGACAUAGUUUUCCUGGUGGAUGGCUCAUCCAUGCUGGGACCGGCCAAUUUCCAUGCAGUCCGCGAAUUCAUCACCAAAGUCAUCCAGAGACUGGAGAUCGGACAGGACCUUGUCCAGGUGGCAGUGGCUCAGUAUGCAGACACCGUGAGGCCAGAGUUUUAUUUCAACAGCCACCCCAAUAAAAGGGAAGUCAUGACCGCUGUGCGGAAAAUGAGACCCAUGGAGGGUUCAGUCCUGUACACAGGCUCUGCCCUGGACUUCGUUCGGAACAACCUGUUCACUAGUGCUGCUGGCUACCGGGCCGCCGAGGGGGUCCCUAAGCUUUUGGUGCUAAUCACAGGCGGUAAGUCGCUGGAUGGAGUCAGCCAGCCUGCCCAGGAGCUGAAGAGAAGCGGCAUCAUGACGUUUGCCAUUGGGAACAAGGGUGCCGACCAGGCUGAGCUGGAAGAAAUUGCUUUUGAUUCCUCCCUGGUGUUCAUCCCUGCUGAGUUCCGAGCCGCCCCUUUGCAAGGCAUGCUUCCCGGCCUGCUGGCACCUCUCAGGACCCUCUCUGGAACCACUGAAGUUCACGUAAACAAAAGGGAUAUCAUCUUUCUUUUGGAUGGAUCGGUCAACGUUGGAAAGGCCAAUUUCCCUUACGUGCGGGACUUUGUAAUGAACGUAGUUAACAGCCUUGAUGUUGGAAGCGACAAUAUUCGUGUUGGUUUAGUGCAAUUCAGUGACACUCCCGUAACGGAGUUCUCUCUAGACACUUACCAGACAAAGUCAGAUUUGCUUGCUCACCUGAGGCAGCUGCAGCUCAAGGGGGGUUCGGGCCUGAACACCGGCUCUGCCCUAAGCUAUGUCCGUGCCAACCACUUCAGCGAAGCUGGCGGCAGCCGGAUCCGGGAACACGUGCCACAGCUGCUGGUGCUGCUCACAGCUGGGCAGGCUCAGGACCCCUACCUGCAGGCCGCCAACGCCCUGGCACGCGCCGGUGUCCUCACUUUCUGUGUGGGCGCUGGCCAGGCCAGUAAGGCCGAGCUUGAGCACAUUGCUUUUAACCCGAGCCUGGUGUACCUCAUGGAUGAUUUCAGCUCCCUGCCAGCUUUGCCUCAGCAGCUGAUUCAGCCCCUAACCACAUAUGUUAGUGGCGGUGUGGAGGAAGUUCCACUCGCCCAGCCAGAAAGCAAGCGAGACAUUCUGUUCCUCUUUGAUGGCUCGGCCAAUCUCGUGGGCCAGUUCCCUGCUGUCCGAGACUUUCUCUACAAGGUUAUUGACGAGCUUGAUGUGAAACCGGACGGGACCCGGAUAGCGGUAGCUCAGUACAGUGAUGAUGUCAGGGUGGAGUCCCAUUUUAACGAACACCAGAAUAAGCCUGAAAUCCUAAAUCUGGUGAAGAGAAUGAAGAUCAAGACGGGCAAGGCCCUCAACUUGGGCUACGCCCUGGACUACGCCCAGAGACACAUCUUUGUGAAGUCUGCCGGGAGCCGGAUCGAGGAGGGGGUGCUUCAGUUCCUGGUGCUGUUGGUUGCGGGACGGUCGUCAGACCGGGUGGACAGGCCAGCCCUCAGCCUGAAACAGAGCGGGGUGGUGCCUUUCGUGCUACAGGCCAAGAACGCAGACCCUGCCGAGCUAGAGCUGGUGGUGCUGUCCCCUGCCUUCAUCCUGGCUGCAGAGUCACUUCCCAAGAUCGGAGACCUGCAACCACAGAUCGUGAAUCUCUUAAAAUCAGUGCACAAUGGGGCACCAACCCCAGCUUCAGGUGAAAAGGACGUGGUGUUUCUGAUUGACGGCUCCGAGGGUGUCAGGAGCGGCUUCCCUCUGCUGAAAGAGUUUGUCCAGAGAGUGGUGGAGAGCCUGGAUGUGGGCCCGGACCGGGUCCGGGUGGCCGUAGUGCAGUACAGUGACCGGACCAGACCCGAGUUCUACCUGAACUCAUUCAUGGACCAGCAGAGUGUGGUCGAUGCCGUACGCAGCCUGACCCUGCUGGGAGGGCCGACGCCCAACACCGGGGCCGCCCUGGACUUCGUCCUGAGGAAUAUCCUGAUCAGCUCGGCUGGAAGCAGGAUGGCAGAAGGUGUCCCCCAGCUGCUGAUAGUCCUCACAGCCGACAGGUCUGGGGAUGAUGUGUGGGGCCCCUCGGUGGUCCUGAAGAGGGGAGGGGCAGUGCCCAUCGGCAUCGGCGUGGGGAACGCCGACAUCGCAGAGCUGCAGACCAUCUCCUUUAUCCCAGACUUCGCUGUGGCCAUUCCCACCUUCCGGCAGCUGGGGACUGUCCAGCAGGUCGUCACUGAGAGAGUGGCCCAGCUCAGCCGUGAAGAGCUGAGCAAGCUCCAGCCAGUUUUCUCCUCGCCGACAAGCCCAGGUGUUGGCGGCAAGAAGGACGUGGUCUUCCUCAUCGAUGGGUCCCAAAGCGCUGGCCCUGAGUUCCAGCACGUCCGCACCCUCAUCGAGAGGCUGGUCGACUACCUGGACGUGGGUUUCGACACGACCCGGGUGGCCGUCAUCCAGUUCAGCGAGGACCCCAGGGUGGAGUUCCUGCUGAAUGCCCACACCAGCAAGGACGAAGUGCAGAACGCAGUGAGGAGGCUGCGGCCCAAGGGCGGGAGGCAGAUCAACCUUGGGGGUGCCCUGGAGUAUGUGUCAAGGAACAUCUUCAAGAGGCCCCUGGGGAGCCGGAUCGAAGAGGGUGUCCCUCAGUUCCUGGUCCUCGUUUUGUCUGGGAAGUCGGACGAUGAGGUGGAUGAGUCGGCAGCUGAGCUCAAGCAGUUUGGUGUGGCGCCAUUCACUGUGGCAAGGCACGCAGACCAGGAGGAGCUGGCCAAGAUCUCCCUGAGCCCUGAGUACGUGUUCUCCGUGAGCACCUUCCGGGAGCUGCCCAGCCUGGAGCAGAAGCUCCUGACCCCCAUCAGGACCCUGACUGCAGAGCAGAUACAGCAGAUCCUGGCCAGCACCCGCUAUCCUCCUCCGGCUGUUGAGAGCGAUGCUGCAGACAUUGUUUUCCUCAUGGACAGCUCUGAUGGCGUGAAGCCCGAUGGCGUCGCGCACAUCCGAGACUUUGUGAGCAGGAUUGUUCGAAGACUCAACAUUGGCCCCAGCAAAGUAAGGAUCGGGGUCGUGCAGUUCAGCAAUGACGUCUUCCCAGAGUUCUACCUGAAGACCUACAAGUCCCAGGCCCCCGUGCUAGAUGCCAUACGCCGCCUGAGGUUCAAAGGGGGGUCUCCGCUGAACACGGGCAAAGCGCUGGAAUUUGUGGCAAGAAAUCUCUUUGUCAAGUCUGCUGGGAGCCGAAUAGAAGACGGGGUGCCCCAGCACCUGGUUCUAUUUCUGGGUGGGAAAUCCCAGGAUGACAUUUCCAGGUUUUCACAGGUGAUGGGCUCCUCAGGGAUCGUGAGUUUAGGGGUAGGAGACCGGAACACUGACAGAACAGAGCUGCAGACCAUCACCAGCGACCCCCGGCUGGUCUUCACGGUGCGAGAGUUCAGAGACCUGCCCAACAUAGAAGACAGGGUCAUGAACUCCUUCGGGCCCUCCGGGGCCACACCUGCCCCUCCAGGAGCGGCGACACCUUCUCCCUCGAGACCAGAGAAAAAGAAAGCAGACAUUGUGUUUCUGCUGGACGGUUCCAUCAAUUUCAGGAGGGACAAUUUCCAGGAAGUGCUCCGUUUUGUGUCAGAAAUUGUGGACACGCUUUACGAGGCGGGCGACUCCAUCCAAGUGGGGCUGGUCCAGUACAACUCUGACCCCACGGACGAAUUCUUCCUGAAGGACUUUUCCACCAAGCAGCAGAUUAUUGACGCCAUCAACAAAGUGGUCUACAAAGGGGGAAGACACGCGAACACUAAAGUGGGCCUCCAGCACCUGCGGCUGAACCACUUUGUGCCAGAGGCAGGCAGCCGCCUGGACCAGCGGGUCCCUCAGAUCGCAUUUGUGAUCACGGGAGGAAAAUCGGCGGAGGACGCUCAGGAGGCCAGCCUGGCACUCACCCAGAGGGGCAUCAAAGUGUUCGCGGUGGGCGUGAAGAACAUCGACUCCGAGGAGGUCGGGAAGAUAGCGUCCAACAGCGCCACAGCGUUCCGCGUGGGGAACGUGCAGGAGCUGUCUGAGCUGAGCGAGCAGGUUCUGGAAACUCUACAUGAUGCCAUGCAUGAGACCCUAUGUCCAGGCGUGUCUGAUGUUUCCAAAGCCUGUAAUCUGGAUGUGAUUCUGGGAUUUGAUGGUUCAAGAGAUCAGAAUGUAUUUGUGAGCCAGAAGGGCCUCGAGUCCAAGAUGGAUGCCAUCUUGAAUAGAAUCAGCCAGGUGCAAAGGCUCAGCUGCAGCGGUACCCAGAUGCCCUCCGUGCGGGUGUCGGUCGUGGCCAACACGCCCACGGGCCCGGUGGAGGCCUUUGACUUUGCUGAGUACCAGCCGGAGCUGUUUGAGAAGUUCCAGAGCAUGCGUGGCCAGCACCCCUAUGUCCUCACUGCAGACACGCUCAAGGUCUAUCAGAACAAGUUCCGACAGUCCUCGCCCGACAGUGUGAAGGUGGUCAUUCAUUUUACUGACGGGGCAGAUGGAAAUCUGGCUGAUUUACAAAGGGCCUCUGAGGAACUCCGACAAGAAGGUGUCCAUGCUCUGAUCUUGGUGGGCCUUGAACGUGUAGCCAACUUGGAGCGGCUGAUGCAGUUGGAGUUUGGGCGGGGAUUCUUGUACAACAGGCCCCUGAGUCUUAACCUGCUGGACCUGGAUUACGAACUAGCAGAGCAGCUCGACAACAUUGCUGAGAAAGCUUGCUGUGGGAUCCCCUGCAAAUGCUCUGGACAGAGGGGAGACCGCGGGCUGCUGGGCAGCAUCGGGCCAAAGGGCAUCCCUGGAGAAGACGGCUACCGAGGUUAUCCUGGGGACGAGGGUGGACCUGGUGAAAGGGGUCCGCCUGGUGUGAAUGGCACUCAAGGUUUCCAGGGCUGCCCCGGGCAGAGAGGAGUCAAGGGCUCUCGAGGAUUCCCAGGAGAGAAGGGCGAACUGGGAGAAAUCGGGCUGGAUGGUCUUGACGGUGAAGAUGGAGAUAAAGGAUUGCCUGGUACUUCUGGAGAGAAAGGGAAUCCUGGGAGAAGGGGUGACAAAGGUCUUAAAGGAGACAGAGGAGAAAGAGGAGACAUUGGAAUCAGAGGUGACCCGGGUGACUCAGGACGGGACAGCCAGCAGCGAGGACCCAAAGGAGAAACGGGAGACCUCGGCCCCAUGGGUCUCCCCGGGAGCGACGGACUACCUGGAAGUUCUGGAGAGCCCGGGAAGAACGGUGGCUUUGGCCGAAGGGGGCCAGCAGGAGCUAAGGGCAACAGGGGCGGCCCAGGCCAGCAGGGCUCUGCGGGAGAGUCAGGGGCCAGAGGCGCACAGGGUCCAGCUGGUCCCACUGGCCCUCCAGGCCUCAUCGGUGAACAAGGCAUUCCCGGGCCCCAGGGAAGCGGAGGGACGGCAGGUGCUCCUGGAGAACGUGGCAGAUUCGGUCCCUUGGGAAGAAAGGGUGAGCCUGGAGAACCAGGACCAAAGGGCGGAAUUGGGAGCCGGGGCCCCCGUGGCGAGACGGGAGACGACGGGCGGGAUGGAUUUGGCAGCGAAGGACGCAAAGGCAAGAAAGGAGAACGAGGAUUCCCUGGACACCCAGGUCCAAAGGGCACCUCUGGCGAGCCGGGGACCAGUGGAGCUCUAGGACCCCAAGGCAUCAGAGGCCGGAGGGGAAAUUCAGGGCCUCCAGGGGCAGCUGGGCAGACGGGAGACCCUGGCCACCCAGGACCAGCUGGUCUCAAAGGCAACAGAGGAGACUCCCUUGAUCAAUGUGCCCUUGUGCAAAGCAUCAAAGAUAAAUGUCCUUGCUGCUAUGGGCCCCUGGAAUGCCCCGUCUACCCGACAGAACUGGCCUUUGCCCUGGACACCUCUGAGGGGGUCACCCAAGAGACGUUCAGCCGGAUGAGGGACGUGCUCCUGAAGGUCGUGGGCGACUUGACCAUCGCGGAGAGUAACUGCCCGAGGGGGGCCCGCGUGGCCGUGGUCACCUACAACAAUGAGGUGACCACGGAGAUCCGGUUUGCCGACUCCAAGAGGAAGUCCAUCCUCCUGGACAGGGUGAAGAACCUGCAGGUGGCACUGACGUCCAAGCAGCAGAGUCUGGAAACCGCCAUGUCAUUCGUGGCCAGAAACACGUUUAAGCGCGUGAGGAAUGGAUUCCUGAUGAGGAAAGUGGCCAUUUUCUUCAGCAACAAGCCCACCAGAGCUUCCCCACAGCUCCGGGAGGCGGUGCUGAAGCUCUCGGACGCUGGGAUCACACCCUUGUUCCUCACCAGCCAGGAGGACCGGCAGCUCAGUAACGCUCUGCAGAUCAAUAACACAGCAGUGGGCCACGUGCUUGUCCUGCCUGCUAGAGGGGACCUCACGGACUUCCUGAAGAACGUCCUGACGUGUCAUGUCUGCCUGGACAUCUGCAACAUUGACCCAUCCUGUGGAUUUAGAGGCUGGAGGCCUUCCUUCAGGGACAGGAGAGCGGCCGGCAGCGAUGUGGAUAUCGACAUGGCUUUCCUCUUAGAUAGCUCGGAGUCCACCACUCUGUUCCAGUUCAACAUGAUGAGGAAGUACAUAGGGUACCUGGUCCGACAGCUGGACAUAAGCCCAGACCCCAAGGCCUCCCAGCAUUUUGCCAGAGUGGCAGUUGGGCAGCACUCGCCCUACGAGUCCCUGGGGAACUCCAGUGUGCCACCCGUGAAGGUGGAGUUCUCCCUGACCGACUAUGGCUCCAAGGAGAAGCUGGUGGACCUCCUCGGCAGGAGAAUGACACAGCUGCAGGGGACCAGGGACUUGGGCCGUGCCAUUGAAUACACCAUCGAGAACAUCUUUGAAAGCGCACCCAACCCACGGGACCUGAAAAUCGUGGUCCUGAUGCUGACGGGUGAGGUGCAGAGGCAGCAACUGGAGGAGGCCCGGAGAGCCAUCCUGCAGGCCAAGUGCAGGGGCUAUUUCUUCGUGAUUCUGGCCAUCGGCAGGAGGGUGAACAUCAAGGAGGUGUACAGCUUCGCCAGCGAGCCAAACGACGUCUUCUUCAAACUAGUGGAUAAGGCGACUGAGCUCAACGAGGAGCCUCUGAUGCGCUUUGGGAGGCUGUUACCAUCCUUUGUCAGCAGUGAAAAUGCUUUUUACCUGUCCCCAGAUAUCAAGAAACAGUGUGACUGGUUCCAGGGGGGCCAACUGGCAAAGAAUCAUGUGAAGUUUGGUCAUAAACAAGUAAAUGUUCCGAAUAAUGUUACUUCAAGUCCUACAUCCAAACCAGUGACCACGACAAAGCCAGUGGCCACCACGGAACCAGUGACGAGCAUAACAAAGCCAGUGACAGUGGUAAACCUGCCAGUUGUGAAGCCGGCCGCAGUAAAGCCAGCCGCGGUGAAGCCAGCUGUGGUGAAGCCACCCACAGUGAAGCCAGCCAUGGUGAAGCCAGCUGCUGUGAAGCCAGCCGUGGCAAGACCUGUAGCUGUGAAGCCCGAGGCCACAAAGACAGCCACUGUCAGACCUGCAGUGGCAGCAAAGCCAGUGGCUGUAAGACCCCCCACCACUGCCAAACCCUCGGCUGCCAAACCCGAGGCCCCCAAGCCACAGGCAGCCAAAGUGGUUGCCACCAAACCAGCCGCUGCCAAGCCCGUGGUUGUGAAGCCGGCCGCAGUAAAGCCAGCCGCGGUGAAGCCAGCUGUGGUGAAGCCACCCACAGUGAAGCCAGCCAUGGUGAAGCCAGCUGCUGUGAAGCCAGCCGUGGCAAGACCUGUAGCUGUGAAGCCCGAGGCCACAAAGACAGCCACUGUCAGACCUGCAGUGGCAGCAAAGCCAGUGGCUGUAAGACCCCCCACCACUGCCAAACCCUCGGCUGCCAAACCCGAGGCCCCCAAGCCACAGGCAGCCAAAGUGGUUGCCACCAAACCAGCCGCUGCCAAGCCCGUGGGUAGGGCAUCUCGGGAGGUCCACGUGUCUGAGAUCACAGAAAACAGCGCCAGACUCCAGUGGGAGAAGCCUGAGCCCCCCAAUCCUUACUUCUACAGCCUUGCCGUCACCUUGGCCCAUGACCAGUCCUUGGUUCUGAAGCAGAACCUCACGGUCACGGACCGCGUCAUUGGGGGCCUGCUCGCGGGGCAGGCGUACCACGUCCUGGUGGUCUGCUUCCUGAAGUCUCAGGUCAGAGCCACCUACCAAGGAAGUUUCAGUACAAAGAAAACUCCGCCUCUGCCACCACAACCAGAGAAGGGAGCUUCUAGUUCGACCAGCCAUCUGGUGGUGAGCACAGACCUGCUGGCUGGUAGCGAAACAGAUAUAUGUAAGUUCCCAAAGGAUGAAGGAACUUGCAGGAAGUUUAUACUGAAAUGGUACCAUGAUUUAGAGAUGAAAAGCUGUGUGCGAUUCUGGUACGGAGGCUGCGGUGGAAACGAGAACAGAUUUAAUUCACAGGAAGAAUGUGAAAAGGUCUGCCCUCCUGCGCUCACGAACCCCAGAGUCAUCGCUGCCAUUGGGACCUAGGCAUGGCCAGCCGGCGACACAUACCUCUUGAAGGAGUCAGUGAGUCAUGUCCGUAGCAGCUCCGGUGUGGACGGCCUGGCCCUGUACCGUUUCGCGCUUUGACUUACCCUCGAACCCGGGAGGAGCCGCUCUGCCGCAAGACCUAUCGAUAUGGUGCUACGUGUGUCUGUGGACCCAGGGCUCUGUCUCCAGGCGGUUAUAGUGUAGACUGCGUGUCGUGUUAUAGUUAUCCACUGCUGGUGUUGGUGUGAACGUUUCUAUAAAUGCAGAUUCCCUCUGGAGUUUCACAUUAUGCCUGAUUUGGGCAAAUGCGAGGUCUGGAGAAUAACUGAAUUUCACAGCUGCUCUCUGUAUUUCUGCCUGGCCCCUUGUUUCUUCUCUUAAGCAUGACUUUAGAUGGAAAGCCUAUGUACGGCAAAUAAACAGAGUCCAACGUUUUCAUUCCCCCCCAAUUACCUGGAUUAGAUUUCCAGCUACUUUUCCUUUUCCAAAGCCUCUAACAAACAGCCUGGUUAGAAGGAACUGAAAUCUCUUCAUGUGUGUGCACUGCGGUGGGACCAAUGCCUUAAUUAAAGAAUGAAAAGAAAGUCAUAAUAGAGAAUAUUUUUGGCAUUCCUCUAAUGUUGUGUGUGUGUAUUUUUUUUUUUUGCUGGAGGUGGGGUUUAAUUUUAAUUUUAAAAUUUUUAGGAAAUUUAUACAAAGAAACUUUUUAAUAAAGUGUAUUGAAAGUGUCCUGG